GGGCUAACGACGUCACGACCGAAACGGGGCUAAAAACGUCACGUCCGGGGCAAGUGUGAGGGCGAGGAGGGGGUGGGGGCAGCGCGUGACCCCGUGAGGAAGACUUCGCCAACUGCGCAUCCCACCGCUCCUCACACACUCAUCACCCUGCUGCUUGCUCCGGCUUCUGGUGCCGCCGCCGCCUCCGCCGCCUUAACGAGAAGAAGGAGGCACGAUGCUGUCGAGGGGCUGCCUGGCAGGCCGGGCGUGUGUGACGGGCCGGGUGUGUGUGGCCGGCGUGCGGGGCCUGAACACCAAGGAGACGGGGCGACCCCUGAUGCUCAACCCCCGCACCAACAAGGGCAUGGCGUUCACAAUCGCAGAGCGGCAGAUCCUCGGCCUGCAGGGUCUCAUCCCCCCGAAAGUGGAGAGCCAGGAUAUCCAGGCCGAUCGCUUUAAGGAGAACUUGGCUGGACUCUCUGAGCCACUGCAGAAGUACAUCUAUGUGAUGGGCAUACAGGAGCGGAACGAGAAGCUUUUCUAUCGCAUCCUGCAGGACGACAUUGAGCACCUGAUGCCCAUUGUGUACACGCCCACUGUGGGGCUCGCCUGCUCGCAGUAUGGCCACAUCUUCCGCCGGCCCAAGGGUCUAUUCAUCAGUAUCAACGACAAGGGCCAUGUCCGCUCUGUCCUCGACAACUGGCACCGGCCUGAAGUUAAGGCAAUCGUGGUUACGGACGGUGAGCGCAUUCUGGGCCUGGGAGACCUGGGUGUGUACGGAAUGGGCAUCCCCGUGGGGAAGCUCUGCCUCUACACAGCCUGCGCCGGCAUCCGCCCCGAGUGCUGCCUGCCGGUGUGCAUCGACGUGGGCACUGACAACGAGUCCCUGCUGGAGGACCCCUUCUACAUGGGGCUCUACCAGAAGCGCGACCGCUCGGAGUGCUACGAUGAGCUCAUCGACGAGUUCAUGGAGGCCGUUGUCGAGAAGUACGGCUACAACACCCUGAUCCAGUUUGAAGACUUCGGGAACCACAACGCAUUCCGCCUCAUGCGCAAAUACCGCGAGAAAUACUGCACCUUCAACGAUGACAUCCAGGGAACGGCAGCGGUGGCACUGGCUGGGAUGCUGGCAGCGCAGAAGGUGACGGGGACAACGCUGUCUCAGAGCCGCUUCCUCUUCCUCGGCGCCGGGGAGGCGGCCACCGGCAUCGCAAAUCUAAUCGUGAUGGCGCUCACGGAGCAGGGCGUGCCACCCGUGGACGCAUACGGGCAGGUGUGGAUGUACGACAAGCACGGCCUCAUGGUCAAGGGCCGAGCAGCCGGCAUCGACCAUAACCAGGAGCUAUUUGCCCACGCGCCACCCCCUCAGCCGGUCACCUCCUUCCUGGAUGCGGUACAGCAGCUGAAGCCAACGGCUAUCAUCGGAGUGGCCGGUGCCGGGCGGCUCUUCACGCCGGAUGUCAUCCGCGCAAUGGCAGCGCUGAACGAGCGGCCAAUCAUCUUCGCGCUCAGCAACCCCACGACACAGGCGGAGUGCACAGCCGAGGAGGCCUACACUCUUACAGACGGGCGGUGCCUGUUUGCUAGCGGAAGCCCCUUCGACCCGGUCACUCUGCCGGACGGUCGCAUCUUCAGGCCUGGCCAGGGCAACAACGCGUACAUCUUUCCUGGCGUGGCCCUGGCCGUGAUUCUUUGCGGCGUGCGCCACAUUAAGGACAAGGUGUUCCUCGAGGCGGCCAAGACUCUGGCUGAGCAGGUGACCGAGGAGUCACUGAGCCAAGGUCUCCUGUAUCCGCCCCUCUCCGACAUCCAAGAGGUGUCCAUCAACAUCGCCGUCAAGGUGUCCCAGUUCGUCUACGCCAACAACAUGGCGUUCCACUACCCGGAGCCGCACGACAAGGACGCAUACGUGCGCUCCAAGCUCUACACCACGGAGUACGAUUCCUUCCUGCCCGACAUCUACGACUGGCCCACGUCCCCGCGCACGCCCAAACUCAACUAGGUGCCACGCUCCAGUGGCACGUACGCACGUAUAUACGGGCCCAGCGGCCCCUGCGUGUGGCACGGUUGCAGCAACGACGCUGCAUCUGGGACGGGUGCCUCAGUGAGACGACUGUGACGCUGAGGGCGGCCUUUUGAAUCAACGGGGCCUGAGCCCAGUACAGCCCCAUAUACACCCAUACACCCCCGUAUACACCCGUACACACCUGUAUACACCCACACACGGCUGUGAACGGCGAUGUACGGAUGUGUACAGGUUGUACACAUCAGUACAUAGCCAUUCACACCCGUACACUCCCGUUAACACCAUGACACACCUGUACACACAAUGACACACUCCUGCUCCCACACACCUUGACACACUCCUGCUCCCACACACCCUGAUACACUUCUGCUCCCACACACCUUGACACACUCCUGCUCCCACAUACACACCGGUACACACUCCUACUCCCUCACUUACCCAUAAACAUCCUGAUACACGCCUGCUUCCUCACAUGGACACAGAUAAACCAUACACACCCAUGUAUCCUUAAUCACACACUUAUACGUCCCUACAUACUCAGAGAUCCUUACGUACGCACACACUCUUUGACGCACCUUUACACAUUUGCACCAGGGACCUACAACCGACCUCUGAGGAGGGGGUCGCUAGGCACACCCCCCCCCCCCCCCAUGCCUUCACCUCGGUGUUCGUAGCGUUUCUUGUCUGGCAGAGGUUCUCGCGGUGUCGAUGAAUGUAGAACUCCCCACGCCCCCCACCCCCCAGGUAUUUAUGAAGCCGCGUGCCGUACACUCGCUCAGCCUUCAUGUCGACGUCCAUGUCCAUUUCUGGGUUUUUUUGCUGCUGCGUUCGUGAGACUAAUAAAGCGCAGGAGCACUGGGUGCUUA